AUGUCUCAAGUUGAUUUCUUCGGAAGAUGUCCCGCUUCGUUCGGCCAUCGAGCUACGCGAAUAGACCACUUACCAAACUGGGCUUGGCAGUCUCUCAUCUGCGCCUCGACGGAGGCAAAAAAAUCUUUCGUUCGUCAGUGUCUUGCAGAUCACAGUCGGCCUCUAAAGCCCUGGUUCGCCAGCCACGACCCAGCACAUAAACACACCUUCUUGGCACUGCCAGUGGACAUCCUCCCCGUUGCCGAUUGGAUCUGCCUGUCAACGACCAGUUUAGAGGUGGGCAAACGCUAA